AUGGGUCGAGGGAGGGUCCUUUGUUGUCGACCGAGAUUCUUGAUCACCUUGAUGCUCGUUUCGAUAUCGACUUUGCUACUGUUACCGGCCAAGCAUCGAUCGGCAGCGCAUAACGUUUUGACCCAUGCUGGAGUACCUCUCCCCGACGCUCUGCCCGAUCUUAUCCAUGACUUUAUCGAGACUUGGGCCAAUCGGGCGGAUGACGGUUCGAAAGGUCUUGUAUACACGCCUCAUCUCGGUCCUGGGCCGGACGACGAUGACUCGACCUGGACGGUGACCACACCUCACGAAUUCAAUUCGAACGGACAUCUCAUCGUCGAACCUGUUUCGACUUUUGGCAAGGCACCUCCUGCACCCCAUCCGAUCCUGACACUCAUCCAACGCGCCGAGCACGAGUGGAACCACAAAGUGCAACGGCAGAGCAAGACGUUGAGGGAGGCCGUGUACGAGUAUCGGAAGCGGUACCGGAGGAAUCCACCCAACCGGUUCGACGAAUGGUGGGCUUAUGCCAAGGCGAAUAGGAUCGUCCUCACCGACGAAUACGAUCAGAUUUUCAAGAAUUUACAGCCGUUCUGGGCACUGUGAGUGAUCAUGGGUGAUAUCUAGUCCCAAGGCGGACGUAGACAUAUUUACGUGGAUGUAUUUUCGUUUGUGCAGGGAGCCGCAUGACCUAAAGCAUCGCGUGCUCGUCAUGCAAGAGCGAGAAGAAACUUUUACGAUUCAAGUCAAAGACGGCGAGGUGUUCGAGUUGGGCGAACAAGCACAAUUGAAACGAGCCAAGGAUUUGGGGGAAUUGAUCGCCAGAUUUUCGAAGCAUGUGCCGAACGUGAACCUGACCUUCACGCGACAUGACCAACCGGCUUGCCAGUUGGGCUGGUUCCAUAAGGAACGAAUGCUUGAGUUGGCCGGUGAAGGCGAACGUGGGUCAUUAUCUCUCAGAUUUGGUGAAACUGCACGGACUGAUCAAGCUCAACAUGAGUAUACAUACUUUGGACCCUCCGAAUUCAUCGCCGAGAGCGAUCUGCCGCUCACCAACUGGGCAAACGGGUGUCCCCCCGAUUCGCCGCUGCGCAAGAUCGAGACCGAGGUCCUCGAAGCUGCUGGUCAGCAGGCCGACAAGGCUUCCAUCCAGGCCAAGCUUCGAGAGGCGUACGCGACUGAAUUGUCACAGAAGAGGUCUUACAUCUACGACUACUCUUCCGCACUCGACAUCUGCCAGCAUCCUGAGAUUAUGCCCCUGCAUGGUUUCACGACCGCGAUCGGCACCAACCCAGGGCCACUCGUCCCUCUCUUCACCUUCGCCAAGACCAACAUCCACUCCGACAUUCUCGUCACACCUCUCGAGCAGUACUCGGAUAAUUACAUUGGCUACGACCCGGACUGGGAGAAAAAGGAGUACAACAAACUCAUGUGGCGUGGGUCGACGACGGGCGCCGAGUUCGCUGUCGGGUAUGACUGGAGGACUUCUCAGCGCGCGCGAUUGCAUUUCUUGACGAACGAUCUCAAGGGUCAAAAGAACGUCUUGAUAUCCGAGGAGGAAGGACCGAUCAGGGAAGAGAUGAUGCAGAUGCAUAACCUCAACAAGGCGCAAUACGACGUGUCGUUCUCUGGUGGUCCGGUGCAGUGCGACGACGAGACGUGUGCGAUCAUGAAGGAGAUCGAAUUCAGGCCGACGAUGGGCUUGACCGAUUCGUACAAGUACAAAUAUGUGUUCGAUGUGGAUGGCAACGGCGUGAGUUGUGGCUCUCUAGGAUCCCCGUGGUUCCUACUCACCUACUAAUGGAAUGUGAUUUGUCUCGGACUUCUCAUUCUCACAGUGGUCCGGUCGUUUCCACCGCCUCAUGUCGAUGAAAGCGUGCGUCUUCAAAUCGACUCUCUUCCCGGAAUGGUACGGCGACCGUAUCCAACCCUGGGUCCACUAUGUUCCCAUCAAGGUCGACUACUCGGACCUCUACGACGCUCUCACCUUCUUCCGCGGUGCUCCGGAUGGAACCGGAGCGCACGAUGAGUUGGGUAGGAAGAUCGGCUUGCAAGGGAAGGAAUGGGCGAGGGGCCAUUGGAGGAAACAAGAUAUGGCGGCGUACAUGUUCCGCUUGACGUUGGAGUGGGCGAGGGUCGUGCAUCGCGCGGAUGAGAACGUCGAUCCGGCGAGUCUGGACUUUGAGUUCUUUGAUUAG